AUUACAUAUUUUGAUCAGUUUGGUUUCUUUUUUUGAACUAUAGCCCGAGGUUUUCUGAAAACUUUGGUUGUUUUCUUCUUUUCUCUCUCUAAAACUUCAAAGUUCAAACCCCAUUCGAUUCACUUUCUCUCUCUUACUUUGAUUGGAGCAAGACUCCAGCCAAAACCAACAAAAAGCCAUUCAAGGAAAGAAAACAAAGGGAAACCAAUUGUAAAUCUAGUUUGUUGUUCAAGUUAAUCUUGUUUAGUUUAAUGAUUUAGAUUUAGAUUUAGAUUUGUGAAAGGAGUCGCUUUCGCAUCUGGAUUUUUUUAAUUUGCAAGUGGCUACUUUUUAAAUCCAGAUGAUUUUUGUUGCUUCUCAUUUAGAUUUCCACACUUAUUUCCUUAACAACUUACAAAAUUAAACCUCUUUUCCAUACCACUUACCACUUAUAUCUAUAUCUAUCUCAUACAUAUCCAACAAAAAUGAAACCAAUUCCGUUUAGACAUAAAAGAUGGUCAAAGUUGCAGCGGCGGAGCAAGAUCUGCAUUUCAGUUGUGCAGGUGACGAAGCUGAGGAGGUGGGCGGCGGUGGCGGUGUUGAAAAUGCAAACCCUAUUGGUUUCGAGGAAGACCGAAUUGAUGACAAAGAAAUGUGGCUUGAUAGAGAUCAAGACGGCCUUUUUGGUGUCAAUGAAGCUUCAAUUUUCUACGAUGACUUCCCCUCACUGCCGGAAUUCCCUUGCACGUCCUCCUGUUCCUCCUCCUCCUCCUCCUCCUCCUCCAUGCAGCCGGAGCCGGAGCCGGAGCCGAAGCCAGUUACAGGAAGCUCCUCCCCCUCCUCGGCAACCUCUUGGGUGGAUGAAGACGGUAUUGCCAGGAUAUGUUUCCAGGAUCAGGUGAAAAUGGACGCUUGCCUGGGUAACGUGGAUUGCAUCGAUGUGAUGGAGAACUUGGAGUACAUGGAUCUGAUCGAAUGUAACGAGCUCUGGGACCCCUCGUCCGUUUACAGCCCUCAAGAAGAUCAACAGGCGGUGGCGCAGCCACCUGAGGAAGAUAGCUGCGGUUUGAGCUUCCUGCAAGGGAACAGCGAACUGGCGAUGAUCUUCUUCGAAUGGCUGAAACAAAACAAGGAUCACAUCUCUGCAGAGGAUAUGAGAAGCAUCAAACUGAAGCGCUCCACCGUUGAAAGCGCUUCCAAGCGUUUAGGAACCACUAAAGAAGGUAAGAAACAGCUUCUUAAACUCAUCCUCGACUGGGUUGAGCAGUACCAACUGCACAAGAAGGCCCAAUCUCCUUCCCAUCCCAACCCCAGUUUCAUCUACAAUCCUCAUCCAAACACAACCCAAUGGAUGCAGCCGGAGGUGGACCCAAUGCACGGGGUUGUCAAUGGAAUCCCAUGCCAAUAUCCUCAGGUAAUCGAGCAAGCUCCGUCAUGGUCGCUCUCGCAGAGUUUGUACGGUAAUCCCUAUGUGAUGCACGGUUCAAAUGGGGAAAGGUCGAUGAGACUCGGCUCUUCUGCAACUAGAGAGGCCAGGAAGAUGAGAAUGGCCCGCCAACAGCGCUCCUUGUAUUCACACCAAAGCCAUCGCUUGAAUCAACUGCAAAACCGACUGAAUGAUCCUCGCCUUGGUGAUGACGGUGCUUCUCCGGGGGAUUUGGGGUACUGGUCUUUGGAUGCCUCUUCCCGGAUGGCCGCAGCAACGCAACCUAAUUCCAACAGGCAACCGCAGCGGCAGGCAGCAGCAGCUGUCUCUGCUUCUAAUAGGCAGCAACAACAGGGUUGGAAGACUGAAAAGAACUUGAAGUGUUUGCUGCAGAAAGUGUUGAAGCAAAGUGAUGUUGGCAACUUGGGAAGAAUUGUGUUGCCAAAAAAAGAGGCUGAAAGCCAUCUCCCAGAACUGGAAACAAGAGAUGGGAUUUCCAUUGCCAUGGAAGAUAUUGGAACUUCUCGUGUUUGGAAUAUGCGAUAUAGGUUUUGGUCUAAUAACAAAAGCAGAAUGUACCUUCUUGAGAACACAGGGGAUUUUGUGAGGGUCAAUGAACUUCAAGAAGGAGAUUUCAUUGUCAUCUACUCGGAUACGAAAUGUGGCAAAUAUAUGAUACGAGGAGUGAAAGUGCAACAGCCGGGUGGAAAAUUGGAGGCCAAGAAGCCGGCAAGGAGAAACAUACGCAGCUUAUCCUCGCUUGCUGGUAACAGCUCCUCACUUGCACCAAUCAGACAAACGGUAAGAUGAAAUUGGAACAUGAAAGAGAAUUGAUGAAGUUUAGGCAUGACUUGUGAUGUAUGAUAUUAUUGGCUUCAAUUGACUUCGUCUUGACUGGGAAUAAUCAUCAUGUUUUUAGAACCAAAACUAUGUUAUGUAUAGUCAUGUAGAUGGGAAACGAUUGAUGGUCCUAAUAGUGGUACUUAAAUAUUUUGGUUCAAACUCUUCUUUGUAGUUUGUAUUGCUAUUACUUGACAAACACCGAGUAAUUUGUAGCCCUGUGUCAGUAAGUAAGUUUGACUGUUAUGAGAAGAUAUAUAUGUUCUGAAUUCUAGUACAUUUUGUUGUUCCAAGAAGAUGUUGUAUAUAAGUUCUGAAUUCUAGUACAUUUUGUUGUUCCAA